GGGCCUGCCGUUGGCUCAGGCUGUGAUCGUAGUAAAUAGAUUGUCUAGGGCAGAGGUGACAGUUGGCGCUGCAGCUGCAGGAGGAGAAGGAGCAGCGCAGAGACAGCUGACUGGAUGACCAUGGAGAAUCAUGUGUUUGAGUCUGUAGAGGAGAAGACCUUUCAGUACCAGGGGUCGCUGCCUCCACUCCCAGUUCCUUCCCUUGAAGAGUCUUUGUCGAAAUACUGCGACUCAGUAAAACCAUUUUUAAAUGAACAAGAAUACGAGAAUACUUGUAGAAUUGUGAAGAGUUUUGAGAAUGGAAUAGGCAAAGAACUUCACCAAAAACUAUUAGAAAGGGCAAAAACAAGAAAGAACUGGCUGGAGGAAUGGUGGCUGAAUGCGGCAUACCUUGAUGUGCGGAUGCCUUCUCAACUCAAUGUCAACUUUGGUGGUCCUGCCCCUUACCUGGAGCACUACUGGCCACCCAAACUUGGCACCCAGCUAGAGAGGGGAUCCUUAGCAACAUGGCUAACACUGAAAUUCUGGGAUCUCAUCAGGAGGGAGAAACUGGGCAUUCACAAGUCACAAAAUGCUCCGCUGGAUAUGUCCCAGUUUCAGAAUUUGUUUAACACCUGCAAGAUUCCUGGCGUGACCAGAGACUCAAUUGCCAAUUACUUUAAGACUGAGAGUGAAGGCAGCUGUCCCUCCCACCUCGUUGCCAUGUGCAGAGGCCGAAUCUUCACCUUUGAAGCUGUGCAUGAAGGCCAGAUCCUCUCUGCGCCGGAGAUACAAAGACAACUUUCAUAUGUUCAAAACCUAUGCCAGAGUGAACAAGAUGGGAUUGGACUGUCUGCUCUAACCACGGAGGAGAGGACACGCUGGGCUCAGUCUCGUGACCACCUCAUUAGCCUCGACCCAAAGAAUUUGUCCCAUCUGGAGCAGAUACAGAGCAGUUUGUUUGUUGUGUCUAUUGAUGACGAAUGUCCUCAUGGAACACCUGAAGAUUAUAGCCAGAUUGCAAGGCUUGCUGUUGCCGGUGACCCAACCAUUCGCUGGGGGGAUAAAUCUUACAACUUCAUCUUAUGGCGCAAUGGGGUGUUUGGCUCCAAUUGUGAUCAUGCACCAUUUGAUGCCAUGGUGCUCGUAGAAAUGUGUGACUACAUUGAUCAGAACAUCAAAGCUUGUGAGGGGCGCUGGAAGGGCUCACCUGUAGUUCGGGACCUGGCACGUCCUGAAGAGCUAGUCUUUACUGUGGAUCAGAAGGUCAUCAAUGACAUCGCUGCUGCUAAAGCGCAGUAUCACACUCAGGCUUCUGACUUACAGAUAGCCAACUACGCCUUUAUGUCGUUUGGGAAGGCCCUGGUGAAGAAGGAGAAGCUCCACCCAGACACCUUUGUCCAGCUUGCACUCCAGCUGGCAUUUUACAAACUUCAUGGGCGCCCCGGUUGCUGUUAUGAAACGGCUACAACCAGAAUAUUCCAUCACGGCCGCACGGAGACCAUGAGACCCUGCACAAUGGAAGCAGUGGACUGGUGCCGCGCCAUGCUGGAUCCUAUGUCCAAUCUUGCUCAGCGCCAGGAAUUAAUGCUCCGAGCGUUUGCAAAGCAUAACAAAAUGAUGAGGGAAUGCCAGAACGGGAAAGGAUUUGACCGUCACCUCUUGGGUCUUCUCCUCAUUGCAAAAGAGCAAGGAAUUGCUGUCCCGGAGCUCUACAACGACCCGGCUUUCACAAAAAGUGGGGGAGGCGGCAACUUUGUUCUGUCCACUAGUCUUGUUGGCUAUACCAAUGUCCACGGAGCUGUAGUUCCCAUGGUACACACUGGAUAUGGCUUUUUCUACAGGAUCCGAGAUGACCGGUUUGUAGCAGCCUGCACUGCUUGGAAGUCCUGCCCUGAGACUGACGCGGAACAACUCUGCCGGACGGUGUUCCAGAACUUUACAGAGAUGCUCCAUCUGAUGCACAGUGCUCGCCUGUAAUUGGCAAUGACGAAAUUACACAUGUGAACAAGGA